GUAUAUAUAAAGUGACAUGAUUGUUAUGACAACCCUCUGUACAGAUAUGUUUUUUUGUAAGUAGGAAUCUUUACAAUUAGGCAUAUCGUUCAUGGAUGUUGUUACCCUCUUAUACUUGAUGUCGGCUUUGCUCGUGCAAGGUAAGAGUGUUCCUCUCGUGCGACCCAACUCCUUACAGUUUCUGGUUCUAGCAGACUGGGGCGGACAAAGCCACGCCCCAUACACAUCUCGGGUUCAAAUGUAUGUUGCAGAACAAAUGGCUGCGACGGCAGAUAAAAGAAAUAUAAGUUUUGUUAUUUCCCUGGGAGACAACAUUUACAGAGAGGGAGUGCAUGGUUGGUUAAGCGACAGAUUUGAGACGACAUUUGAGCAAGUUUAUUACCAGGAAUCGUUACAAGUACCAUGGUAUAUAAUUGCUGGGAAUCACGAUCAUUGGGGUUCUAUUAGGGCUCAAAUAAAUCGAUCAAAACUGUCCUUCAAAUGGACAUUCCCUCACGUUUACUAUAAGAAGUCAUGGAUGUUGCCCGGCGGUAAAGUUUUGGAUUUAUUACUCCUCGAUACCACAAUCCUUUGCGGCAAUACCAUUGAAACCCCAUACGGCAAUCGUGUGCUCGGACCAGACAAUGUGAAUGCUGCCAACCUGCAAUGGUCUUGGAUAAAACAUAGUCUAAAGAAAUCCACAGCUGACUUUCUUCUGGUAGGGGGACACUACCCAGUCUAUUCGGUCGGCGACAAUGGGCCUACAAAAUGCCUCUACUCGAGACUGGAGCAUCUUCUUUACAAAUACCACGUGACAGCUUAUUUAUCUGGACACGACCACAACUUACAGCAUAUUCAAACGAAAAAAGGCGAUCGGAAAAUGGACUAUUUCGUUAUUGGAGGCGGGGCCUGGCCUGAUGACUUACAGACUAAUCUACAAACAGUUCCAGAAGAAUCCUUGAAAUUUUUUCUUGGCAAAGAUGGUGGAUUUGCAUUAAUAGAUGUGACUGCUGAAAGAAUGGAAUUAUCUUUUAUAGACAGUAAUGGAAAUAUUAGAUACAACUAUAAUUUAUAUCCACGAAAAUAAUUCGUUUUGCUGUUUGCGGCACGUGCAAAAUUCGGUAAACUCUGUCAGGUUCCGUGCAACAGGCAACUAGAAGUUCAAAUUCUCUGUUACAAAUAUCACGGUGACGUACACAUGAUGUUUCGCAGAUAAAACGGUAUUUAGGGCGUCUUUAUGUUUGUUGUUCGUUAAAAAAUCCAUUCUUUCGCAAGAUGGAAGAAUCAUUCAGCGUUUUUCUCCAUUUUUACUCUAUCUGUUAGAUCCACUGUGAUUUAGGUAGGAAGGUCAUGUGCAAUACCACGUUUGGUUCAAAUGCCACAGAACUUAAAAAUAUGAAUUUUAAAGACUUUACAUGCAUGUGUGGUAAUGUGCACGGAUCCGUACCCGCUAUACCUUAAAGCUGCAUGUCCCAGAUUGAUUCAUGCUAAUUUUCAUGAUUUUUUUUUAAAAUGUUUAUAAAGAAAAAUUUUGUGAAGUGAAUUUACACAUUGAAAAUGCUAACAAUUCACGUCAAUUACCAAAAAUAGGUUAAAAUAUAGCCCUAAUGCGUUACCCACGUG